UCUAUCGUAGCUGUUUGCUGGGCACGGACGCGACUUUAAAUUCAAUCAUCCAAACACCAUGGCAACGACAACAACCAAAAUCAAAUACAAUGUGGACUAUAUCCAAAAAGCUUUGGCCCAAGCCUAUCAAAGUGAAAAUUUACAUGUCGAACAUGUUGAAUCGGCAACAAGGAAACAAAACGGUGAAAACUUUUGUAGCGAUAUCUAUCGAUUGACAGUGAAAUACCGUAAAACUCCCGAAUCCCCCAUUGAAGUGGGUAAAUAUGUAAUCAAAAACUUGUAUCCAGACGUCGCUGUAAUGGGUACAUGUGAAAAGCUUCUCUUACUACAAAUAUUGCCAGCCAUGGAUGAGAUCUUGGGAAAAGCUUCUCCAUUGACCGAACAUAAGCUAAAUGCCAACUGCCUUUACUGUGAUCCUACGCCAGGCACAGAAGAUUAUCUACUAGAGGAUUUAAAUGCUUUAAGUUAUACAUCGAUGGAUCGGCAAAAAGGUCUCGAUCUAUAUGAGGCAAAGAUAUGCUUACAAAAACUUGGUCAAUUUCAUGCUGCUUCAAUGGUUUUAAUUCAAGAACAACCCGAAUUAGUCGGAAAACUUCCACCCUCACAAUAUUCCAAGGGUAUUAAGUUUGAUCUUGGUAGAGUCAUAAUAAUAAAUGGCACUAAUUACGCGGCCAAGGCAUUUGCCAAUGAAAUGCCAGAAAUAGCUGCGAAAAUGAAAGCACAAAUACCCGAUGCAUAUGCUAAACGAAUGCGUUCAGUUGUGGAUCCCAAGAACUCGGCUUUCAAUGUUAUAACUCAUGGUGAUCUAUGGGUGAACAAUAUAUUGAUCGACAAAGCCGCAGAGAAAGCUGUCUUUGUGGACUUUCAAAGCAGUUUUGUAGGCAGCCCGGCAAUUGAUUUACAUUUCCUUUUCUACACCAGCCUGGAAUUAGAUGUUCUACUCCAUAGUCAAACUGAACUGCUACAGCAUUAUCAUGAGAGUCUAACAAAUACAUUAAAGGCAUGCCACUAUACAGGAUCGAUACCUACUUUCCAGCAAGUAACUGAUGAAAUAGAACGUUGUCUACUAUAUGGUUAUUAUGCCGCUGUCUGUGAAUUACCCAUUUGUUGUGCAACUCGUGAAGCUAGCGAGGACUUUGGCUUACAUACCUUUGAGGACGACGAGGUGAUGCUUAAAAAGCGAGGACAAUUGUUCAGUAAUCCUCGUUUUUUGAAAACAGUGAGAGCCACAUUGCCUAUAUUUCAUGAGAAAGGUGUACUAGAGACUCCUUGAAACUCCACGUAAAAUCACAGUACACCAUACAGAAACUGAGGUAUUAACAUAUCUGAGGUAUUAAGUUAGCAGCGAUUUUUUUUAUUAGCUUUUUACAGCUUUUAAUAAUGGGAUUAAAUUUGUCUUAAUAAAAAUUUGACUUCUUAUCUUAUAUUUA